AUGUCUGGCCGCACUCCAGUCCGUGAUGAGUACAUCUCUCUUGUUCUGCUCGGGGGCGUGGGACGGUGGCUCGGGGCGUGGGACGGUGGCUACGGGGCGUGGGACGGUGGCUACGGGGCGUGGGACGGUGGCUACGGGGCGUGGAACGGUGGCUACGGGGCGUGGAACGGUGGCUACGGGGCGUGGAACGGUGGCUACGGGGCGUGGGACGGUGGCUACGGGGCGUGGAACGGUCGCUCGGGGGCGUGGGACGGUCGCUACGGGGCGUGGGACGGUGGCUACGGGGCGUGGGACGGUCGCUCGGGGGCGUGGGACGGUCGCUACGGGGCGUGGGACGGUGGCUACGGGGCGUGGGACGGUGGCUACGGGGCGUGGAACGGUGGCUACGGGGCGUGGGACGGUGGCUACGGGGCGUGGGACGGUGGCUACGGGGCGUGGGACGGUGGCUACGGGUCGUGGAAGGGUGGCUACGGGGCGUGGGAAGGUGGCUACGGGGCGUGGGACGGUGGCUACGGGGCGUGGGACGGUGGCUACGGGGCGUGGGACGGUGGCUACGGGGCGUGGAACGGUGGCUACGGGGCGUGGAACGGUGGCUACGGGGCGUGGAACGGUGGCUACGGGGCGUGGGACGGUGGCUACGGGUCGUUGGACGGUGGCUACGAGGCGUGGGACGGUGGCUACGGGGCGUGGGACGGUGGCUACGGGGCGUGGGACGGUGGCUACGGGGCGUGGGACGGUGGCUACGGGGCGUGGGACGGUGGCUACGGGGCGUGGGACGGUGGCUACGGGGCGUGGGACGAUGGCUACGGGGCGUGGGACGGUGGCUACGGGGCGUCGGACGGUGGCUACGGGGCGUCGGACGGUGGCUACGGGGCGUCGGACAGUCGCUACGGGGCGUGGAAUUGGCACCCCGCCCACGCCACGCCCACCCACGCCACGCCCACCCACGCCACGCCCACCCACGCCACACCCACCCACGCCACACCCACCCACGCCACACCCACCCACGCCACGCCCACCCACGCCACGCCCACCCACGCCACGCAGCUGCCAACCUUCACCCGAGGACGAGGGGCCCACAAACUUUAUUCAUCAGGGGAUCGUUUACAUUGA